AUGAGCAAUUAUAAACCUAUUCCCUUGGGCGAGUAUCUUUUCCGAAGAAUCAAGUCAUUGGGUAUUUCACACAUUUUGGGAUGUCCCGGCGAUUUCAAUUUAACACUGCUCGAUCAUAUAUAUAAUGUUGACGGCCUUAGUUGGAUUGGGUGCUGUAACGAAUUGAAUGGAGCAUACGCCGCCGAUGGAUAUGCUCGAGUUCGGGAUCUUCCCGGGGUCCUCGUGACCACAUAUGGUGUUGGGGAACUCAGUGCCAUGAAUGGAGUAGCAGGAGCUUAUGCCGAGCAUGCUGGGUUUAUCCAUAUCGUUGGCAAUACUUCCCGCCAAUUGCAACAGAACAAGAUCAUGAUACAUCAUACCUUGGAAGCGAACCCGGACCAUGGUGUUUACAGGGGAAUGUCGGGGCCAAUUCGGUCUACAAGCGCUUUCUUGGAUGAUGAAGCAACAAUGGCCUCUGAGAUUGACCGUGUCCUUUUUACUGCCAUUAAAACGAGACUGCCGGUUUAUCUAUUCGUGCCUACGGAUGUGGUGGACACUCCACUCAAUGCGGCUCGUCUAGAGACACCGCUUGACCUCAAUCUUAGCACUAGGCCCGAGACGGAGGGCUUAAUCGUGAACAAGAUACUCGAAGCGAUUGAGAAGUCUAGGAAGCCAUGCAUUCUAGCUGAUGUUCUGGCAAAGCGCCAUGCAGCUACGAAGCAAACCAGAAGAUUGAUUGAACUCGCUGGAUACCCGGCUUUCUCUACGAUUCUAGGGAAGGGCUUGGUCGAUGAGACGUCCCCUCUGUUCGGUGGGAUGUACAAUGGUUCAAUGUCUUUCCCAGGUAUCAAAGAAGCCGUUGAAAACGAUGCCGACCUGAUUCUCAAUAUCGGCCCUCAUCUUACAUCUUCCAACACUGGUGCAUUUACUCGGCAGAUACCCGAAAACAAACUAAUCGUCCUCCAUCCCCACUACUGCUCAGUAUUCGGGGAGCGCUUCGAAGGAAUACACUUCAUUCCAGUUCUGGGCGCCGUCCUUCAGGCAUUUGAGAAGGAUGCCCAGAAAUUUAGGAAGGGCAACACUGUUACUAGGUUCCAGAACCCGAUACUAGACGAUAGCACAUCUGGGCCUUUGAAACAGUCGUAUAUCUGGCAACGUAUCGGACGUUUCACGAAACCAGAUGAUAUCGUAUUCGUUGAAGUUGGGACCUCGCAAUUCGGAAUGCCUGAUGCAACACUCGCUGCGAACGUUCAAUACGAAACCCAGAUCUAUUGGAGCUCUAUCGGUUAUACAGUAGGGGCAACACUUGGUGCACUUGUUGCUGCAAGAGAGAACGGCCACAAAGGAAGGGUCAUUCUUGUUGUUGGUGAUGGGAGCCUUCAAAUGUCCGUACAAGAGAUCUCGUCGUACAUCAGAAACGGAUUUACUCCAACUAUUUUCCUGAUCAACAACGACGGAUACACCAUUGAGAGGGAAAUACAUGGGCCAGAACAACAGUAUAAUGAUAUUUGUACAUCAUGGGAUCAUAUGAAAAUGUUGGAUUUCUUCGGUGGGCGACAGAAAGGUUUCAAGAGUCGAAGCGUGGAGGCUCGCACGGUCGAAGAGCUUGAGGAGAUUAUGGGCGACAGCGAAUUCAUCAGCAAUGAUUGUAUACAGCUCUGCGAAAUCUAUGUGGACAAGUUUGAUGUGCCUUGGAUCCUGAGGGGGCAGGUGGAUGCGCAUAAAGCUAGACUAAAGGUUGCUGGUGAGCAACAGAAGAAGACCUGGGAAAGCUUAGUUCUAGCGGGAACGUUUGUUUAG